AUGGUUGAUAGGUGGAUUGAUACUAGGCAUAGAACAUUGAUUAAUUUUCUUGUCUAUUGUCCUAAAGGAAUUAUUUUUAUACAUUCUAUUGAUGCUUCUGACUUGGUUAAGGAUGCAAUUAAUUUGAGUAACUUGUUAGAUGAAAUUGUUAAUUGGGUUGGUCCUGCAAAUAUAGUACAUUUGGUCACUAACAGUGCUACAAAUUAUAUAGCUGCUGGAAGAAUUUUGUGUGGAAAAUAUAGGAACAUUAGUUGGUUACCUUGUGCAGCACAUUGCCUAAACCUAAUUUUUAAGGAGAUUAGGAAAAUGGAUCAUGUAGCUAAACUUGCAAAGCGUGCAUCCAAGAUCACUGUGUUCAUCUAUAAUCAUGUGGCUUUGCAAGCUUGGUUGAGGACCAGAAAAAAUUGGAAGGAAAUUGUGUGUCUAGGGCCAACUAGGUUUGCUACUACUUUCAUUUCUUUAGGGAGUCUUAAGGAACAUAAGCAUGACUUACAAGCAUUGGUGACUAGCAAAUUUUAUGUUGAAUCAAGAUAUGCAAAAGAUAAGAAAGCAAAGGCAGUGGUGAAAAUCAUUCUUGACAAUCAAUUUUGGAAUGAUUGUCAUGUAAUUGUGCAUAUUAUGUCACCAUUGAUUCGUUUAUUACGCAUUGUUGAUUCUGAUGAAAAACCAGCUAUGGGUUAUGUAUAUGAUGGCAUGUAUAGAGUAAUUGAUGGAAUCAAAAGAAUUUUCAAGGACAAGACGAGACUAUGGGAGCCUUAUGUUAAUAUUAUCAAGGAUCGUUGGGAUAAUCAAUUCUAUAGAGAGAUUCAUGCUGCUGCUUAUUGGUUGAAUCCUACAUUCCAAUAUGACUCAUCCACUCUUAAUAAAAGGCUAGAGACACAAUCUGCUGUGACAGAUGUUAUUGAAUCAAAAGUUUCAGUUGGUCGAUUGAAGUUGGUGGAGGAAUUAAGGCUAUUUCGAAAGCGUGAACAAACUUUUGGAACCCAACUUGCUCAAGAAUUAGCCAAGACAUCUCAGCUGGUGGAAGAUGAGGAACCUCCAUUUCUGGAUCAUGAGGAGAUAGAGAAUGCAUUAUAUGAAGAGAGAGCCUAUCCAAUUGAAGAAGGGUCUUCUAGCCAUGUACAAAGAGAUAUGGACAAUGAAGUGAUUGAGGAUGAUGAUGACAUUAAUUUGGAAUCAUUUGGUGAUGAAGAUAAUGCUCCUCUCGGAUUUAGAGAUAAAAAUCAUCCUAUUCAUGUUGAAGAUGAAGAAGAUGAGGAUGAUGAUAAUGAUGCUAGUGGUGGAGCAUUUGGUUCACAUGAUGAUAUUGAUUUCAAUUUUCUUCAUAACAAAUGA